CUUGAUGCUGAUGACGCCGAGGACCGUCUAAUCUGUAAAGGCAUAGAGGAGUUCAUAGACCGGGCACCACUGGACUCCUUUCAAGAGAAAGAUGAAACAUACUUAUUCGUUAAACACUCGAUUCCUCUUAUGUAGCUUAUUCCAAAAUGGACACGAUCGCGGUUUACAAAAUUUGUGAUGUAACCCGUAUGAAUCGACAUACCGUAACCGCAGGCAGGAAUGUUAUCAGUUUAAUGAAACAAGGCUCACUAAUGUUAAAUAAACCAAUCUCUCAAAUCGUGCUGGAGAAUGAUGGAUGCCAAAUAACAAGCGAUUUGGCUUUGGCUGCUUUCACGAACAGUUUAUUUAUGCUACUUAAUGCCGAAGAGAGAUGGACAUCUGAAAAUGUAAAUGUUACAUCGAAAGACACAGUUUCAGGAGAGAUCAUUGAUAUUGGCCAAAAUUUGACUUUGUCCCAGAUGCCAUCUGAUGUCAAAGCAAUCGUCGAAGCAGGCACUUCCUACCGCAUACUUUCACACCAACUUCAGCUCCCUCAGAAUGUGCUGGCAAUACUGCCAGAACCAUGUGGCAAUCCAACUGUAGCUGAUCCUAUCGCUAUGCAGUUAAUGACAGAACUUGAGGCACCAGAUGAAGGACAAACUCAAUUUCAAAAAUCUCAACCGGCAAUCGACACGGCCAUGGCAGAAGAUAUACAAAUUCCUACGUGCUCGAAGUAUCUCAAUGAAGAAAUAAAAUCAUCUCCGAAUGACAACAUCACCGAUGAAAAUCUGUCACCAAAUAAGCCAGCGAAACGUAUCAAUGACCCUGGAUAUCAACAAUCCAGCAAGAAGCAAGCAACAAGUCUGCUGAAGUUCCGCACGUUCGAAAUCAAUUGGAAUAAACUUGGUGACAAUCUUCUAGAACGCCUUGGCGACCUACAAGAAUUCAUCUCGCAGAAUCCCUGAAUCCGCUGUUCCUCGUUCGAUUCGCUUCAAGAAAACCGAAAUGACUAGCCUAGUGAACAAUAUUGUCGACCAGAUGCGAUGCGUCGACAACAAUAUCAGAGCGGAUACAACAGAAACAGUUGCCAAGCAAAUAUUGGGAAAAUAUCCGUGUCUUGAGAUACUUGACGACGACGGAUUCAGUAACGGCCUAAGUCAUAUAACUAUAAAACAUAAGUUGAUCAAUCGAAACACGUAUCUGAACCGCCUCAACAAUCAAGCUAAUACAACAACACUUACUCCAGUCGCCAAAAAUAAGCGGGCAGGUACCAAUCAGGAAUAUUGGAAAGCUACAACUAAUCAUUGUACCAAGGAAGUAAUGGCCAAACUACGGCGGGACGAGCCUACUUUACUGACCGAUGAGUUCUUGGUGGAAUCCCAAGGAUUUGUUAGAUCUCGAAUGGAUCAGAAAAGGGAUCUUGCACUGAUUAUGUCAGAAUUUCCGGUUUUCCGACGUAGGCGGCUGCUUAAUCAUCAUUUUAAAGAAGCUACAGGAACCGAUAUUGAAAUGUUGCGGAAAUAUUUCAAUUCGAAGAAAUCAAAAUCAUUCUUUAUUCAACUACCCAGAAACUGAAUAAGCUGUCUGAGAAACCAUCCGAUCGUGAUGUAUUCUAUUUUUAGCAAAAAUAUUGGACGAAACCUUGGAUGAUCUAAUCUUGAAGAAAGAGAUCGGAACACGCAUUGACGAAAUUCGAGACGAAGCGGCAGCACCGGUUUUAAUCGCCAUAGACAUUGGUAACGGAGCAGAUAUGUAUUAUGUCUUUGCUGAUCGUACUCGCCUUUCGGAAGGCACGACUGAUUUUGUAUGUGCCAUACAGGACUUAAUGACUGUGCAUUAUGUGCACAGUUUCAUGUAUUUGAAAAGUGCGGCUAAAUUCCUAGAGUUAGUGCAGGAAUACUUCCUAAAAAUUUUUACGACGAAAGGAUCUAAGUCGAGUGCUGUACGUAUUGGUAAGCAACAACGCACUGUAAAGAAAGUAAUAGCAUCUCUAUCUCAAUACAAGUCACCAAAAC